UCGUCACAUUUCUAACUGCUCUGACGUUUCAGACUUUUCGAGCUACUCUAGUUGGUUGCUUACAGUCUCUGGUUGGUUAUCUCGUCCUGGGCGUCCUCGGUGAUAUUUGCAAACGAACAAGCUGAGAAGGCAUUGACCUUUUCUAUAUACCGUAUUAUUAUUUCUAUAUAUCGAUAUUAAAUUAUUUGAGGACAAACAUUUGAUUGAAGUCUCGUCAGCUAAAAUUUUGACAAGGAGAUAUUUUCAUAAUAACGCUGCUAGAGUGCCUCCGCGCGGAUACGUUUAUCAUAACGUUGGGCUUUAUCACUCAAACACACAACCCGGUAUACGAUCAGAAAUGCUUCUGCGUGGAGUAAGCCAGAGCACCGCUCUGUGUGGUGCUGCCCUCCGUCUUUCUCCCGCAAUAUCUGGGGGUCAACACCAGCUUGGAGCCAUUGUAGCUGUUCAUAAUGCUCGUUUCUACGCCAGUCAGGCCGCCGAAGCGGUGCUGGAGAAGCCGGCGGUUGCCAGUGACGCUGCUGCUAAGGUUGCCUCUGAGAAGAAGCCGCUCAGUCUGGAGUCCCAGUCGUUUGCUGUUAACAUGUUCAAAGGGCAGAUCAGUACGGCUCAGGUGUUCCCCUUCCCUUCAGUGAUGAACGCGGAGCAGACGGAGUUCCUCGGAGAGCUGGUUGGGCCCGUGACAAAGUUCUUUGAAGAGGUGAACGAUCCAGCAAAGAACGACGUGCUGGAAAAGGUGGAGGACAGCACGAUGGAGGGGCUGAAGGAGAUGGGGGCUUUCGGCCUGCAGGUGCCAGCUGACCUGGGGGGCUUGGGCCUCUCUAACACACAGUAUGCCAGGUUAGUGGAGAUCGUGGGCAUGCACGACCUUGCCGUCGGCAUCACUCUGGGCGCCCACCAGUCUAUUGGCUUCAAGGGCAUCCUGCUGUUUGGGAACAAGGAGCAGAAGGAGAAGUACCUGCCCAAGCUGGCCUCCGGAGAGACCCUCGCAGCCUUCUGCCUGACAGAGCCAGCCAGCGGCUCAGACGCCGCCUCCAUCAAGACUACAGCUGUGCGCUCCCCCUGUGGACAGUACUUCACCCUCAACGGGGGCAAGAUCUGGAUCAGUAAUGGAGGCAUAGCAGAGAUCUUUACCGUGUUCGCCAAGACACCAAUGAAGGAUGAAAAGACUGGAGAGAUGAAAGACAAGAUUACUGCUUUCAUCGUGGAGAGGAGCUUUGGUGGAGUUACUCAUGGCCCCCCAGAGAAGAAGAUGGGCAUCAAGGCGUCCAACACGGCGGAGGUGUACUUGGAUAACGUGCGGGUGCCCCUGGACUGCGUGCUGGGCGAGGUGGGCGGCGGCUUCAAGGUGGCCAUGAACAUCCUGAACAACGGGCGUUUCGGCAUGGCGGCGGCCCUGUCCGGCACCAUGAAGGGGGUCAUCACCAAGGCCGCGGAUCAUGCCGCCAACAGGACUCAGUUCGGGAACAAGAUCCACAACUUCGGGGCGAUCCAGGAGAAGAUGGCACGCAUGGCCAUGCUCCACUAUGUCACUGAGUCUAUGGCCUACAUGGUCAGUGGGAACAUGGAUAGCGGAGCCUCAGAAUUUCAGAUAGAGGCUGCCAUCAGCAAGAUUUUCGCCUCCGAAGCAGCCUGGACCGUGACGGACGAGUGCAUUCAGGUCAUGGGCGGAAUGGGCUUCAUGAAGGACGCAGGAGUGGAGAGGGUCAUGAGGGAUCUGAGGAUAUUCCGAAUAUUCGAGGGAACCAAUGACAUUCUCCGACUGUUCGUUUCCCUCAAUGGCUUUCAGAAUGCAGGGAAUGAACUGAAGAGUCUGCAGAGAGCACUGAAGAACCCACUGGGUAAUGCUGGCUUGCUGGUGGGAGAGAUCAGCAAGAGAGCCAAGAGGAGGGCGGGGCUUGGAACGGGGCUGACGUUGCAGGGGUCCGUCCAUCCUGAGCUGUCUGAGUCCGGAGAGCUGGCAGUGAAAGCCAUCGAGCAAUUUGGAGCUGUCACCGAGGACAUGCUGCUUAAACAUGGCAAGAGAAUCAUCGAUGAGCAGUUUGUGUUGAAGAGGGUGGCGGACUGUGCCAUUGACCUGUACGCCAUGGUAGUUGUCCUCUCCAGGGCCUCGCGUUCCCUGGCUCAGGGCCUCCCCUCUGCCCAGCACGAGAAGAUGCUCUGUGAGACCUGGUGUUUUGAGGCCCAUCAGCGGAUCAUGAAUGACAUCAAGUCUCUGAGAUCCAGCGACUCCAAGCGGAUCUUCAAGAACCUGAGAGCCAUCUCCGCCGCCGUGGUGGAGAACGGGGGCGUGGUAUCCCCGCACCCUCUGGGCUUCUGAAGUCCCGAGCGCAGCUACAACCCCUACCCCUCCGCCCCCAUCCCAGCCAGGAAGCUCGCCUGCCCCCAGCGUGUCCCCAACGACCCCACCCUAAGGCUCAGUGUCCAGUGAAGUGAAAACAGAACUUUGAGGCACUGCUGCAUUACCAUCCGCAAACAAAUGCCUUGUGCUUCUAGUCUUCUAGAAAAGUCACAGACUUAAACAAUGCUGCAAUAACUGAUCAGCCGUAAAUACAGGAAAUUGUCUGGUUUUUUUUUAACCAAUUGGCUCAAUAAAGACUGAAGGCAUCGCCACUGAUGCUUUACCCAUCACUCUCAUCACUGAAACAACAUGACUUGAGCGGGAAGAAUCAACUGUGAGCCACGGCCCUGUGAUUGGGUUGAGUUCUUAAAUCACUGUAUACAUAUUAGAUACUGACUGGCUCACAUUGUAGUGUCUAGGCAGGUGAGACUCAAGUGAAUUAUUUAAUUAAAUGUUUGUCCUGUUGUUUCUGUAUAAAAUAGUGGAUCCCAGUACCUGAACUCUGUGGUUUCACUCAAUUCAGUUCUAUCACCGUGACCCUGACCACGCUGCAAUUUCUUACUUACCUGUUGAUGGUACUGUUUUGUGUAUCCAAGGUGGUGUUUGAAAAUUAUUCUCAUGUCCUUGUUUAUGAUUAGUCAUUCCUAUGUUGCAUUGCAUUUAACACACUCGCACACAAGGACUCAGGGAACACAAUCAAAUUCAUGUUUUUAAAAGGACUACAUCUUUGCCUUAUACAAAGAUCCAUGUAACUUCUAGGGAGGGAGCUAUAUGCAGAUGGAAGAAAAUUGCGUUCCUGUCAAUUGCAUGGAUUACAGUUGGAUGUAAGCUACUGUAAAGUGCAUUUUUUGCUGUAGAAGAAUGAAAAUUUGUCAUACAGUAAAGUACAUCAGUACCAUUGCUAGAUAACAUGGGGAAUUGUUGCCUCAAAACUUUUUAGAGAUGUUUCAUCAGGAAGUUGCCUUAGAAUUGUUGUUUUACAUUACUGGCUUACUUAAAGGUUGCAAAAAAAAGCAAUGCAACCUCUUUAGUUUGAAGAUAGACCCCAAAUGUCUCACAAUGAAGUUCCAGAAAGUAAUCUCCCUUUUUUAUCUAGCUGUAAAAUAUCUUUCCAUUGUCAUUUACUUAUGGUUUUGUCUUCUGCCGAAGAACAAGAGGUUCCCACAUCAUGUAUCCCUGAUUUAAGAUGUUCGUUUAUCUCGCACUGAUAAUGGGAACUCCCAUUAUCAGUGUGGUAGCCGAUAUAAACAACUACAAUUUACUUUGGCCCGGACCUGCCUUUCAUUUCUGCAGUUAUAGUAUUUUCCACUGUAACGUAUAAGGGCUUUGAAAGAGAUGUCAGACUGUUAAAUAAAGCAGAUACACCGCUAAUCAGUUUCCACAGAUUCUGCCAGUGCCUCUCUGGUGUGACAAUAUAUGAUUGUACUGUGUUGAAUUGUUGAAGUGAACUGUAGUAUAAAUGUGUUAAUAAAACUCUCAGCCGA